AAAGUGUUUUUUUUUAUUUUUUUAUAUCGCUGUAAUCCUUGAAGUCGCAGAAUGGAAAUAAUCAGAGGAAGUUUAGAGGAUAUUUCCCGACCUGCUUCGAGUGAACAAACAGGUAGCCGUGUUUCAAGCGUGUCUUUACCUCAUCAUGACAGAAUUUGUCCAACAACUCCGUUUUCCCUUGUUGUUUUGACCAAGGAUGCGUCUGAUAUUCAGAUCCAAAGUAGCUCUGAAGAAACUAUUGUCAACUCUUCAGCCAGAGGCCCUGACAAAGGUCAUGCAAAUUUCACUGAUGAAGAGAAAGAAGAUUACAAGCUACAGAGAGCCAUUGAGGAAAUGAGACUCCUUGAUGAAAUAUUGUCUGAAAAGAUCUGCAGAGAAAAAGAAAUCAGGCGUCAAAGGAAAGAUUUUCAGGCAAGACUCUGGCAAGAGCUCCUGCAGAGUAAGCCUGAAGGUCACUCUGAAUGUGUUCAUGAGGCUCUGAACACAAGGUUGUUUCUGGCUCUUGAGGCACCCACUGGGACAGAUGAGGAGGAAAUCUUUAUGUCUGUGUUUGAAACUCAAGUUCCUGACUGUGAGCACACCACAGACAGCAAAUACAUGGAACAAAGUGAAAAGAUGCCAGACAGCAUGACAGAAUCAUUUGAAGUAGGCCAUGAGGGGAGUGGGGAAGAGCAAUUUGAAAGCAGCCACUGUGGAGCUUCCAAAGGCAAGAAAAAACAGAAGGACUUUGUCAAGAGAAACAUUGAGCUAAUAAGUGGUGAAGGGUCCGAGGUGGUUUUGACCCAGGCAGAGAGAGAGCGGCUGGCCGAGCUCCUGCAAGAAGUAGACGAAGCGGAAGAAGACAACGCCAGAGGGGCAGACAUUGAGGAGGACAUGUAUGCUGUGUCAGUCGCCACAGGCCACGGCUACACCCCGGAGCCCUCCGACCUCGAGCAGCUGAAUACCAUUGAGUCCAAAAUUCGCCUUUACCUCCCUGCGGAAGAAUCUCUCUCAGUGCAAAGCUCAUACACAAACCUUGGAAGCAUGUCCCAGAGCAGCGGCUCACAGGUUGGCUGGACGUGCGAUGGGGACCCACAACCAGGAGAAGAGGUCCUGCAGGAUAUAAAGGAGAGAAGAGGGCAGGACCGGCGGCUCCAAGAGAUCCAACAGCAGCUGGAGCUCCUGGGUCAGAGCCAGGAGAUUACUAGUGAGCCACUGGACCUUACAGAGGAGCAGUUACUUAGUCUGCUGGAUGAAUGUGAACUAACACAGGCCUGGGCCCAAGAUCUUCAGACACCAUGUCCCAGUUGAACCUCUGCUUUCAGAAUGCGUACCAAAAGAUGCUGCAUCGCUGUGAUGUAGCCAGAGAACAAUAACUGGAUCUAAAGAUGUUCAAAUAAGAGACACAAUCAUUAUCAGAAGAGAUUUUCACCUACGAUAAUAAUUGUUCUGUACAGCUUUAAAUGGAUGUAGAUGUUACAACAUUUUUCUCUAUGUCUACAGUAAUAUAACUAAUAAUGAACAUGUUUCACAAUUGUCAGGAUUGGAUAAAUUAUAGCGCUAACCUUUGGUAUAUGGCUAAACCUUGGAUAAAACUGUUAUUUUGAUCCUAAUCUGUCUCCGUUUUUAUUAUACAGCUGGAUUGCAUCCUGUUGCUUUUAUUUGUGUAAAUGGCUCUGCAUGAGGAAGCUAAGCAGCGGGGCCACCCUUUGUAUUAACCUGAGUAUCAUAAUAUGAGAACAGAAAAUUGCUGUCAUUAAGUGUAAUAACAGGGUACGGUGGCCACAGAAUGUUCUACUGCACACAAAUACGCUCAGCUGACAGCAGCGGGUCUGUUUAGAGAAGUCUGAAAAUCCUUAUUGUAAUAACUUUCUCCUCUUCUUUGAAUUGUGACAUGUCUCAGUUAGUAAUGGGAGUCCAAGCAUCCAAUUGAUAGCUCCAGCUCAGCUCCAAGCAUUCCUUUCAUUCCUUCCCCUAUAGGUGAUCUGCUUCAGAGUGGGUCAGAUUAGAAGGAUCCUCUGAAAUCGGACCCUUCGUGGCCACUCAAAUUUUCA